GCUCUGCCUCAAUCAGGCGAACCUGCUGCGUGUGCAUGCGCGUCUCCAGCUAGGCCAGAGAGUGAUGGCGGCGCCCGUCCUGAGAGUGUCCACCCCUCGGUGGGAAAGAAUAGCCCGGCUCCUCGUCUGCCUGCUGGGUAUUCUGCUUUCUCUGUAUGCGUUUCACGUCGAGAGGGAAAAGGCCCAGGACCCGACUUAUAAGGCCAUGUGCGACGUCAGUAGCUCCAUCAGCUGCUCUAAAGUGUUCAGCUCCAGGUGGGGUCGAGGUUUCGGACUGUUGGGGUCCAUAUUUGGGAACGACAGCGCGCUGAACCAACCCAACAGUGUCUACGGGAUACUCUUUUAUGCCUUUCAGCUCCUACUAGGAAUGACCGUCAGCGCAAUGGCCGCCCUUUUUCUCAUGACGACGUCCAUCUUGUCGGUGAUGGGCUCGCUCUACCUGGGCUACAUCCUCUACUUUGUCCUAAAGGACUUCUGCGUCAUCUGCAUCACCACGUAUGCGCUGAACUUCAUUCUGUUUAUCCUCAACUACAAGCGACUGGUUUACUUGAACGAGGCCUGGAAGCAGAAGCUUCAAGCCAAGCAGGACUGAGCUGCACAGAGAGUCACGGUUUAAAAAAAGAAGCAAAAAUAAAAAAGAAAACCUGACAACAACAACAAUGAAACAAAAGAAAACAACAAACAGUGAACGUGACCUCUGAACAUUUGACUUGCCACCAGGAGACCUUGCUUCCAAACAAUGUUUAUUUCUGCUGUGUGUUUAAAAAAAUGAAGAAAUUUAACUUAAAUGUUGGGCUUAACAUCUCAAUAUUGAUUGCUAACACUGAAGGAUUUGUAAGUGAAAGAUGGUUUUUGUUCUUUUAAUCCCCUCCCUUCCCUGUUUAACCACUCAGUGGUUGGCCCAGCUGCCUGAAUUUCAGCGAGUGGGAAACACAGCCGCCUGAGGAAGCCCUCAUGGCACGCACCAAAUGGAGGACCCUUUCAACGACAUAAAAACUGGAUCGUAGAAAAGAAGAUAAAAGGACAUUAAAUGGUAUAGUUGGAAUUAGUAGAGAUCAUCUGUACUAAAGUGCUGAGCAAAGGUCCCCAAGUCCAAACAAAACACAUCUGGUUGCCGUUUAGUUUGCAGAUAAGGUCUUACAGCAGGUUGAGAAGAGGAUGAUGCAAUGAUUACCGUUUAUAAAGAAUCGUUUGUUUUGUUUCUUUUUUCCAUGUUUACACUUCGUAGUACAUUUCUUUUUAUUGAUGAGGACCACUAAAAUAAACAUGGGACAUUGUGAGAUGAUUUGUGUAGAUCAGUACGUUUGUUUGUUUUAUUUCUGCAAUUCUGUAAAUAGCUGCUGAGCAAUAUUCAGGGCUUGGUUUGGAGGAAAGAAACUGAGCUGCAGAUGAAAAUCCAAUCAACAGGAAGACUGUGGUAGAUGUGGAAGAUCGCUGAUCGAGAUCGGGAAGUGCUUGUCGGGCACAUGGGUCAGGAGGAUCUUUGUUUAUAUAUGGAGAUAAUUACACCAGAAACAGAUCUGCAGGUUAUUUUCACAGGUUGCUCAAAGGCACCCUCACUACCUUUUUUGUUUUUGUUUUUUUAACGUAUGUGUAAGAAGCAUUCCUAACCACCUCACAGGGUGGGAUCCAUUAAGACUUAUGUGCCUAUAGGAGUUUUAAGGUGAAUUACCUUCCAUUUUUCCUAAGUGUUUUACUUUUUUGGGGGGGGUUAAAUACUGACACCGAGGUUUUUGUUUAUAUCGGUUUUAUCGUCUUGGUGACAUCGUUCCAUUUGUUUGUUUUUGUAAAUGAGGAGCCAAGGCGUGGGCCGGGAUGGGAUUCUCACUAUCUGACAAGCUUGACUAAAUAUAACACAAUGUCGUGCUUUUCACAGUGUUAAUUGUGCAAAUUAUCCUUUUUUUUGUCUUUUGCAGAGUAAGCAGAUAAUAGGUGGUUAACCGGUCAGGCUGUUUGAGUUUUGCCAACUUUUUAGAGCUAAACAGUGUUACUUUAAGGUCUGUGGCCCGGGCUACUUUAGUGAUCAAACCCUGAAUGUCAAUUAUUUCAGAACAAACUUCUCUCCUUUAAAACAAAAGUUACAUUCAAAAUGGUGCAGCAACAAGAGGGGGAGGGGUAAUGCUGCUACUUUUUACAGCAUCUCAAGGAAAUUAAUUUAAACCACAGGAGGGUUAAAUUUGCAGAUGAUUACAUAUUUUUGACGUUCCGGCCUUUAGAUGGUAACAAACGUAAAGAAACUACCGUUCUGGUCCGACUUUCUACUCAGCUAGCUGGGAUGACAUAAAGUAGCUUCUAACUGCUCCUUUAAUUUCACAUUUAUGUUGUUUUUGCAAACAGAAAUAUUUUAUUUUUUAAUGGUAGCUGAUUGGCAAUGCACAGCAGCGUGUAGGCGAGGGUCAAUUGGGAGGGUUGCAUUAUUCUAUGCCCAAUAUAUUCAGAGGUUUUAAAAAAAGAAAAAAAGCUCUCUCUGGUGUCUAUUUAAAAUGGACCUAAAGUUGGAAGACUGAGAGGGACACUUCCUGGUACAGCUGGAUCCCCGUACCCGGCCCAUGCCUGCAGGAAGCCACCGAAGUGUUUGCCCUCUUGUUUUCCUAGAGGUAGCAAAAGGCUGCUACACUGUGAUCGUCUGCUCAAGGGGGUAGAGCUUCCAGCUGGCUCAGGAGUCUUAAAGUCUGGCGGAUGCACUAAAUACUGCUUGUGUUUGGCGUAACUUUGGUGUCUGUUGGGGGAAUCAUGGGUUACAUGGAAAAAAAACAAAGCUGGUGCACUGUUGAUGUAAACUCAUGCGUUUUUUAAGAGAACCAAAUGUUGCGUUAAGCCAUAUGUGUAUUUCUGUUUUGUUCUGAUGAGACAACAGAGUCCCUCACCAUUCUUCUUUUUUGUUUCUUUAAACCACACCAGGUUUUAGAUCAAACAACGGGUUGAAGCAGAAUCAGACUGCUCUGCGGAGAAAGCCCAUGUAGCUUGUAGAAAGAUUGAAAUUCUUCCAGCCAGGAUUCAUCCUUUUUUUUUUUUUUUUUUUUUCUUAUUCUAUGGCCGUAACCCAGUUGGACACUUACAAAGAUCUGUAACCGUCACUGUAAUAAAUGUAAUGGUCUGAGUCAUCUGUGGUAAUAAACCAUCUCGCCUAUGGUCCCCUUUCUUAGUA